AGAUAUUUGAUUGCUGUAGGGCUAAUCCUUUAUAUUUGGGAAGCCGCUUACACUAUUUGAAGGCCGCUUACACUUUAAUUAUUUUGGCGGGGUAUAGACAUUCCAAAACCUAAUGAGAUGACUUGGUCUGAACAUUAUUCUUAUUCUGCCUGAGUUUUAGUGGCAUUAAUCUGCUUAUCUGUUUAUCUGUCUCAAUACAUUUUUAGGUCUUUUCAAAAGUAACUUUUCUUUUUUUUUAAGAAAAACAUCAUGCCUGAAAUUGCAGAGGUUGAACGUGCUAGGCUGCGCAUUCAUAGACAAUUGCUUAAUCAUAAAAUAGUACAUGUUGAAACACAACCUGAUGCUCUUGUUUUUAAAGAUAUUACUCCCACUAUAUUUUCCGAAAAAAUAUUAGAUAGAACAUUGGUUGACACGAAGCGAUGGGGAAAAUACUUUAUUCUUCUAUUCGAUAAAGGACCGAGUAUGGUAGCGCAUUUUGGCAUGACUGGUGGUAUCAGGUUUCAACAUGAAGAGAAGCCAGAAAAUUGGCCUCCAAAAUUCUGGAAACUUUUGAUCACAUUCCAGGAUCCUUACGAUAAAGAGAAGACGAUACAAUUUGCAUUUAAAGAUCCUAGAAGGUUGGCAAGACUGAGACUCGUUGAAGGAAAAGACCCUUUGCUUGAAGAUCCUAUAAAGAAAUUAGGAUUUGAUCCUGUGUUAAGUUUACCGCCACCUGAUAUUUUUAACAGGCUAGUGCUUAGACGCGCUGUUCCCGUAAAGGCACUCUUGUUGGACCAAUCAUUUUCUGCAGGUGUAGGAAAUUGGGUGGCAGACGAAGUUUUGUACCAAGCUAAGAUUCAUCCAGCUCAGUAUACAAAUACGUUAACAAUGGAUGAACUGACCGCUCUGUAUGAAAAAUUAAAAUUUGUGUGUGAAACUGCUGUUAAAAAAGAAGCCGAUGAGUCUAAAUUUCCCGAGGAUUGGUUAAUGAAAUACAGGUGGAAUAAAGGUAAAAAAACAGGCCAAAAACUUCCAAAUGGUGUUUCUCUCAAGUUCGAAACUGUCGCUGGCAGAACCUCUGCUUUUGCUCCAUCUAGGCAAAUUUUAAGAAAAUCCGUUUUAAAAAAGACCAUAGUCAAAAAAAGUGCAACACAGGAUAUUUCAACUGAAAAAAUCCCUACGACAAAACAAGACAAUCGUUUAAAACAGAAAGAUGAAAUUCCUGGUCUUCGCAGGUCUUCUAGGUCACUUUCGAAAAAGCAAUAAAUCUCUCUUUAUAUAUAUAUAUAUA